AUGCUUCGGGACUCUUUGGGAGAUCUCAGGAAGAAGGCCAUUUUCCUUGUCGAGGUCGAACGACAUUUCUUCUACCAGAAAGCCAAAAUCCACUACCUUAAAGACGGGGACCGCAAGACCAAAUUCUUCCAUGACAUGGUGAAGAGGAACGUUGCUAGGAACUCCAUCACGGCAGUCACUAGAAUUGACGGGACUAUUAUCACUUCUGCUAAGGAUAUUGCCCAAGAGUUCGUUGAUUACUACACAUCACUCUUGGGCACCAAGGCUCAUACCCUCCCAGUUGAUGAUGGUGUGUUCGAAUGGGGCCCCAAUCUCUUCUCUGAGCAUACUGUGGACCUUUGCCGGGCAGUUACGCUGUUGGAGGUCAAGAAAGUCAUCUUCCAUAUUAGCUACAACAAAGCUCCCGGCCCAGAUGGAUAUUUCUCAUGCUUUUUCAAGAAAGCAUGGAACGUUGUGGGUGAUCAAGUAUGUAGGGCCAUCUUGAAUCUUUUUAGGAGUGGGCGGAUGCUACGGCAACUCAAUUACACUAUCAUUGUCCUUGUGCCCAAAUCAGAUCACUCCACCUCUGUUGCAGACUACCGUCCGAUUUUGUGCUGCAAUAUCAUCUACAAGACCAUCACAAAAAUCAUCUCGGACAGGCUCACGCUCGCAUUGGAGCACUUAAUUGACCGCUGUCAAACUGCAUUUGUUGGAGGCCGCAAUAUCAGAGACAGCAUUUUCUUGGCCCAGGAAAUGGUGCGGUAG